AAGCCGCUUCCCAAGUGUGAGAAUUGUCGGUGCCAAGUGUCGAUGGCGCUGCAGAGAAUAAUACCCUUGCCGCCCUACGCGACAUGCGCGACAUCGCCGUUGAUACUCGUGACCAGUGAUUUGCAUCGGCGCGCCAGCCGCUUAUCGGAUUGAACAACGUCAUUGCCUACCUUACAAGGCCUGAUUGAAGCGAGGAUUGUGUCAUGUGUCCACUACGGGGGCCGUUAUGCACGAACGGUACAACAAUUCAAUUAAGAGACAAUGGGCAAACCCCAGCACGAUAACCUAGCCUCUUACUUUCACGAGUGACUCUGUGUGCAGAGAAACUUCACCCUCCAGAUGAGUGUACCCCCAAACUCCCCCAUGGGCAGCCCCAAGAGUAAACGCCCGCCCGGAAUUGAACUUACUUUCGGGGAGCUUGGAGAAACCCCCCAGGUUCAUCCAGGUCGUACGCUGAUUCUUUGCUUUGAUGGGGUGGCGGUAGGUGACUAUGGUGAAAGGAAUACCAAUGUCAUUCAUCUCCUCUCGUGCCUCCAGAAGUCCCACCCAAAACAAUUGAUAUACUAUCAGGCCAUCAUUGGAACAUCGUCCGCCCCUCAGCAGUACACAUUGGGAUCUUUUGGGAAAAGGGCUUCUAACUUCAUUGAUCAUGCCGUAGCAUCGUGCACCGAAGAUCGCGUCUACGAGGGGUACCGUUUUCUGCAGUCCGCCUGGAAAGAAGGCGACAAAAUCUGCGUUUUUGGCUUCUCCAGAGGCGCACACGUUGCCAGAGCUCUAGCUGGGAUGCUACAUACGGCCGGGCUUUUGCCGCCCUGGGAGCAUGUCAAGUCCGCCGACGAGCUUUACAAGGACGUAAAUAGAGACGCACCCCGCUCGAAGUACAAACGAGAUGCCUGCCGUGCCAUUAAGAUUGAUUUUCUUGGACUUUGGGAUACUGUUUUGUCGGCUGGCAACCUUGUUUCUCGCACUCUGCCCUUUUCCCAAAGCACCUCUUCCGCGAUAGUGUUUAGGCAUGCGAUGGCUCUGGAUGAGAGACGAGCUAGCUUCAUACCGUUACCUUGGAGACUUUCAAGCAUAGUAACAGCGCGCGGAAAUGAGGGAUCGGAACACCAUGCUUCAAACACCAACGCUGCAGUCUCUUGGAUAAUUGGAUUCAGAGCUCUUAUUAUCAACAUUCUUUUCUCUUUGUUCAUCAAGCCGUUCGUGACGUACCGUUUCGGAUACAACAACAAUUGGCCGCUGGUUCCGGAAGAGGAGUCCCCGUCGGACGUGGAAGAGGUCUGGUUUGCAGGCGGUGAAGGAGCGGAGCUGGAUCACCUUAUGUAACCAGUUUCCUAUGUCCAAUAACGAUAUUAGAGUUUGUGCUGAUUUGCGUA